CACUUGCCGUUGAAAAAACUGCAAACUCACCAACGCUGAACGUACUCUCAACGUAAAGCGUACCCGUGUGGUAGAGCAGAUCGACUAUAGCGUCUUGUGGUGAUUUCUCAUGCGGCACUCUCAUAUGCUGCCACGUCUUGUCCACAAGCGAGGCCGGUGUGGUGAGUUCGCAAGAUUGACAACAGCGUGACCACAACAUUUAUUUCAAAGUAUACCAAAAUCUUAAAUAAUGUUCUAAUAGCAAACUUUAACAAUACAUGAAGAGUUUUUGAAAAAUAAUAAUAAUAAUAAUCCAACAUGUACAGUGAUCUUAUGUAAUUUGGUCUAUGGCGAAUGAAGCACAACAAAUAAAUUUAUGGUAUUUUUACAGAUGCAAAUUAGUAUAAAAAAAUGUUGUUUCUCAUUUUCUGUUUUACUUUUUAUCCGAAAUUGACUACAUAUUGACAAAAAUCUGAUUAGUGGCAGAAAGUAAAGAUUUGCCCGAAAUAAUAAGCUAUUUAAAAUCUCGGGCCUUUUCAUUGGUUUUUUAAAAUUAACAAAAUACCACAUGAGGAGUAACCAGCUCUUCAAAAUGUAUUACUAAGUAAACACACUGACCGACAGGUACUUCCAUCGAAUUGGUGGACACAAUAAAUGUUUUAUCCGAAAUCGCCGUUUUUGGGCAAGGGAUUGCAGCUGGAAAAUGAAAUCCUAAAAGUGCACACUGCCGCUUUGCCGCAAUUGCUAUCGUGGCUUUGCCAAACUCCAAGGAUCACAACCUAUCGUGUUAAUACUCUGCGCACCAGUGUCAUCGAUUACAAAGCCAAACUCCAGGAGCAAUUGAAGCAACGCUAUGGACAUCAAGAACCGCGCGUUUAUGGACUCCAUGAGUUGCCGGAAAUGCUUUGCAUUGCACCACUUGACGCCCCAGCGGACGCACAAUAUGACGAUGCCCUCCGGCAGCUGAUUGUGGAUACCAGCUGCGGAGCAGCCUUGUUGCGCGGCGCUCAUAUCUUUGCACCCGGCGUCCUGGCCAUGGAGACAGGCACCCAGCUGCAAGAGCUGGUCAACGUGUUUGCGGACUUAGCUGGCAAGUGUAAGCGGGGCACUGCGACGCGCUAUGUCAGCGACGAGAAAAUAUUUCUUGGCGUGGGUCGUGUGCUCAUGCAACGUCAUCAACUGUACAACAACAACAAGGAGUCGGCCUCUGGGAUUGCCGUGCACAUGGAGACGAAUGUAAGUGGCGUACCCACACUUGGAGAUCUCAGUGAUGCGGAUGCCCUACUCCAGAACUUGCCGUCCAUUGUGUGCGUGCGUGUGCUUGGACCACAGCCUGGGGAAUCCGUGUUGGACAUGUGUGCAGCACCGGGCAACAAAACCACGCACAUUGCCGAGCUGAUGGGCGAUGUAGGUCGCGUUGUGGCGUUGGAUAACUCGGCGAGUCGUGUGCGUGGCAUGCAAUCCAAGCUAGCCAACUAUCGCUGUAUUGAAGCAUAUCAUUUCGAUGCCACCAAGGCAUUGAAUGAGCUUGGCGAGGAGUGCUCAACGGGACCGCCAUUUGCUGCUGAAAGUUUCGAUCGUAUUCUGUUGGAUGCGCCAUGCAGCGGAUUGGGCAAUCGGCCACAGCUCAGCUGCAGCAUCAAGCAGGCCAAAGUGCUCCAAUCCUAUCCGCAUGUGCAGCGCAAUCUGCUGGCGCAGGCAGUGUCACUAUUGCGUCCUGGCGGCGUGCUCGUCUACAGCACUUGCACCGUCACCGAGGCGGAGUGCGAGCAACUGGUGGCGUGGGCGUUACGCAAAUUUCCACAGAUACGUUUGGUGGAUGCGCAGCCCAAGUUGGGUGCAGCGGGUUUGCAACUGGCGGAACUGGAUGAAGACCAAUGUCAGAUGUUGCAGCGCUUUGGUCCAAGCGCAGAGAAUCGUUCGGACGACUUGGACACGGUGGGAUUCUUUAUAGCCAAGUUUGAAAAACCAAAAAACUGACACAAAUAUUCAAUAAAUAUUGUAAACACCAAAUUGUUAUGGAAUUCUUUGAGCUGAAUGAAGUUCAUUGAAAAGCAUAUGGGUUGUGUCUCAGCUUAAUACAUGAUCAAUAAUUUUAUUAAGCUGAGACACAACCCAUAACAUGUUUUUCAACCACUACUUAUCGAAGACUCGAACCCUAUACUAAAAAUAAAAGACAUACUGCCAAAAAUAAAGUAUAACAAGU